AUGGGAAAGAAAGGCUUCUCGUGUUUAGAGAAGAGCCUGAUUCUGCUGUUCCUGGGAGUGACGGGCGUCUGCAUUGGCUUGGUGGUGGUCUACGUUCAGGAGGUGAACAGCACUGAAGACGAUGGAGUGGAUUCAGGAUGCGGGGGUCCUCAGCAGCUCAUGGUGUCUCCAGGAGAGUUCACCAGUGGGAAUUUCCCAAAUAACUACGACAGCGGCAAGAGCUGCAGCUGGCACAUUACAGUAGAAGCUAAUAAGGUCAUCCAUUUGUGGUUCGAAGAGUUCUCCCUGCAGGAAACAGAUACGUGCUGGGCCGAUUUUGUCACCUUAAAGGACGACCUAGGAAUCAUUGGAAAGUACUGUGGCCGCUCCAAACCCAAACCCAUUGUGACUCUUGGCAACAGCCUGUGGGUGUACUUCGAUACCAACGAUGCCCUUACGGAAAAAGGAUUCAGAGCCAUGUACAAAGCUGUGGCUCCAGAGGCGGUGACAGAAAUAGUUGGAGCGGGUGGCCUUCUCCAAGGUGACCAGGGAGAGCUAUCUAGCCCUGGCUUAUCUUCUGGACAGUAUGAGAAUGGAGCUCUCUACCAGUGGAAGAUCAAGGUGGCGGAGGGCGAGAGGGUGAGAUUGACCUUUGCAUCCUUUAACCUGGUGCCCGAGUCCUGCCUGGAUUACGUGGAUGUUUAUGAUGGAGACCAGGCCAGUGCUGACAGGCUCGCCCGAUUCUGUGGUGGCACCAAUCCUGCACCGGUCGUGUCCAGCAGCAACACAAUGGUGGUUCGCUUCAAGACGGACGCCACCCAGUCGUCAGGAGGGUUCAGGGCUAUGUACACCCUGGCAAGUGAUCCACCCAUAAAACCCAGUUCAACGCCAAAACCGACCGCAACAUCAGCCCCGACCUCAGCCCCAAGCUCAACCUCAACCGCCACCCCAACCUCAACCCCAGCCCCACCCCCAAUAGAGUCUGGUUGUGGGGGCGUGGGCACCCUGAGUGGGCGUAAGGGGGUGAUCCAGUCCAAGGGCUACCCAGACGCCUACCCGGCCGGGCUGAACUGCCGGUGGAACAUCACCGUGGCGGAGGGACAGAUGGUCAAGCUCACCGUAACCGACAUCGGCAUCACCGGGGAGGCCGGACAGUGCAAAGAGGACUGGCUACUCAUAGAAGAUGCCCAGAAGUCAUUUGGCCCUCACUGUGGCUUAAUUAAGCCUGCGGUGGUGGUGAGCGUGGCGAACACAAUGUCCGUGAGCUUCCAGUCGGACUCUCACUUGGCUGACCGUGGCUUCUCCGCCAGGUGGGAGGCGGUGUACCCUCAUGACAUUGGAGAGGCUCAGGGCGGCUGUGGCGACGCAUCCCAUGCAGAGACAGGUGUGAUCAAAUCUCAGAACUGGCCAAUGAACUACGCGCCCAACAAGGAGUGUAUGUGGAAGGUGAAGGUGCCAGAGGGCAAGCGCAUCACCCUGCGCUUCUCCGACUUCGACAUCGAGCCCGCCAUGCUUGGGAAGUGCUACGACAAUGUGCUCGUCUACGAUGGUGAUGCACCUAAUGCCACGAAGUAUGGACCUUUUUGUGGCUCCAAGCUGCCUACAGAAAUCACAACCUCAAAGAACACAAUAGUGAUGCGCUUCCACGCAGACUUCUUUACUGAAGGGAAAGGUUUCAGAGCUUACUGGACCACAGACCCUACCCUGCCCGCACCAACAGAACCUCCGACUCCACCAAACCCAUGGGAUGGCAUCGCAAUAGACUGGCCUGAGACCUGUGGUAAGCCCAAGGUCCCACCCAUGGUCACCACUCGCAUCGUCAACGGGGAGCCGGCCAGAGCCCACUCAUGGCCUUGGCAAGUCUCUCUGCAGGUUUGGCCAGACAAAGAGCCUGAGCCCAAAUUCUACCACACCUGUGGAGGAACUCUGAUCCAUAAGAACUGGGUGAUGACUGCAGCCCACUGCUUCAUCAGGUAUGCCGAUGAGCUUCAACGCUGGCAAAUCUGCAUGGGCAAACAUAACCUCACCAUCGAGGAGCCGGGUGAGCUGUGUCUGGGUAUUCAGGGGAUCUAUCGGCACGAGGGCUUCAAGUACCCCGAUGUCCCCACGGUGGAGUUUGACGUGGCCCUGAUGCGGCUGGACGGUGACGUCACACCAACUGAACACAUCGACUUCGCUUGCUGGCCGUCGCUGGAGGAAGUGCUGCCCGCGGCCAAGAAGUGUUAUGCUAGCGGAUGGGGAGAUGAGAAAGGCAACCCUGCCACAGCCAAGCCCUCGGAGACCCUCAACCAGGUGGCCUUGCCAGUGGUGCCCUAUGACACCUGCAAGCGGAUGGACUACUGGUGGUUCCAGGUCAAACCCUCCAUGAUCUGCUGUGGCUACACCAAACCUGACGAGCUCAAGUCUGUGUGUCAGGGAGACUCAGGUGGCCCGCUGGUUUGUCAAGACAGCCACACUGCUCCCUGGGAAGUGCAUGGCAUCACCAGCUUUGGGCCAAUAGGCUGCAUCAUGGACAAAAAGCCGAGCGUGUUCACCCGCGUGUCUGCCUAUCUCCCCUGGAUGGAGAAUGUCAUUCGAAGAAACAUGUAUGAGCUACACACGUCUGGCUGUGGUGGGCCCCGGUACCUGAACAGCACCAGUGGCACUCUGUCCACCAUGGAUCAUCCCCAUAACUAUGACAACAAUGCAGAGUGCCAGUGGCAGAUCCAGGCCCCUGCUGGCAAACUCAUCCACAUGAGCUUUGCCAGCUUGUCACUGGAACAAAGCCUAAUGUGCAUGAACGACAAAGUCGCCCUCUCUGACCAGCUGGGCUCAUUGGGUACCUACUGUGGUAUUGGAGCUGUUCCUCAAGACUUCGUGACAGAAGGCGAGACCUUGAGUGUUACAUUCUCCUCCAACAACCGGAUCGUGGACACAGGCUUCAUGGCGCACUACAAGGUGGUGGAUCCCAGCGAAGUGGCGGGUCUGGUUGGGUGUGGAGGUCACUUCACUGAUCCGUCGGGAGAGCUGCAAUCUCCCGGCUGGCCCACGGAGUAUCCCAACAACACCGUCUGCACCUGGCGCAUCCACAUCGCUGGCGCCAAGGCCAUUCACAUGGCCUUCACCCACUUUGAUGUGCAGGCUGUCAACAGGCUGGGUCAAUGCCUGGACUUUGUAGAGAUCUUCGCUCCAAAUGGCACAUCUCUUGGAAAACAUUGUGGAUUUGUACCUCCACCAACAACAAUAAUAAAUGAUGAUACGGUCAUAGUCCGCUUCUUCACUAACGGUGACACCCAGGAGAAGGGUUUCCGUGGAUACUGGACCACUAAUCCAGACGUCAUCCCCACCUUGCCUCCUCCUCCGUCUAAUCCAUGGGACAACAUCAACAUUACAUGGCCGGAAAAGUGUGGUGUGCCAGAAAUCACCCCUAACAUGUCUGUGACCAGAGUGGUGAAUGGAAUUGAGGCUAUACCCCACUCGUGGCCAUGGCAAGUGUCAAUGCAGCUUACUCUCCUACCAGGAGUGAUGCCCCACCAGCAUGUGUGUGGAGGAUCACUCAUCCAUGAGGAAUGGGUCCUGACUGCAGCACAUUGCAUUAUGGCGCCCUACAGCAACGCCAAGCUUUGGCAGAUGUGUGUGGGCAAGCACCACAUGAACUCCAGCUGGGAUGGGCCCACAGAGCAGUGCGUUCCUGUGACCCAUCUGGUCUCUCAUCCGGGCUUCGUCUACCCGGAGGACAACACGGACAUCACCAAUGAUAUUGCCUUGAUCCGCCUGGCCAAGCCUAUCGUCAUGACAAAAGAAGUCAGCCCGGUGUGCCUGCCCACGCCUGAUGAUGUUCUUCCUGGGGGCAAGACGUGCUUUGUCACUGGCUGGGGGGAUGAGAAAGGUAGCCUGAUCCCUAAAGUGGCAGAUAAGCUGAACCAGGCCCCAUUACCUGUGGUGCCCUACUCCACCUGCAGCACGCCCCAGUACUGGUGGGACUCUCUCCGCCCCUCUAUGAUCUGUGCUGGGUACGAAGAGCCAGACGAGCUCAAGUCAGCGUGCCAGGGGGACUCUGGUGGUCCAUUUGUCUGCCAGCCAGAAGACACGAGUGCCUGGGAGGUCCAUGGCAUCGUCAGCUUUGGCCCAUUUGGCUGCAUCCAGAACAAGAAACCAUCAGUGUUCACACGCACAUCUGCCUUCUCUGACUGGAUCGAGGACAACAUAAAGAGAGUCAUCUACGAGAGCUCAAGUACACCUAGUCCAGAGUGAUAUCUAUUUGGUUUAUACUUUGCCAACCAGCGUGCACAGAA